AUGAUUCUCCCCCGAGCACCACUCUGCGAAGCCGAUACGAUGACGCAAGUAAUCAUUCGACCGGCGGACCGGAAUCGACUACGACAGCGUGCGAUGAGUGUGCCGAAUGUGUUCGACUUGGACGCGAAUGGACCUGCGAAGGCGGGCUCGUCAGUACCGGGCCCCAGUGCCUUCCCUCGCUAUACUCGUCGCGGCGUGGCACGGCUGUGCAAUCGCCCAUCUCGGCUACGUACCCUCAUGGCCCGUGCGCUCUUUGGGAUCUGUGUUAUUGUCUUCUUGAGAAACUUCUUCGCAUUUUCGGGGACAAAUGGUGAUUCGUCGGGCGGAUUCGGGUUGGGUUGGGGUUUCUUGCGAAGGCAUCUCGUAGGGUUGCCCGAACGGUCGCGCGCCUCGUCCGGCGAGGGAUGGACGCUCGAAGAAUUCCUCGACUACCACUUGCCGCUCAACUUGACCCAGGAAGAGAAAGCGGCCCACAUUUUAUUUUCGACCAGUUUGGAGACAGGCGUCCCACCGCCCCCUCUGCCACAGCCUUACCACAUUUGGCUGACGGCGGUGAAUCGGUACUCGUUCGUGGAAGCGAGGAGUUUGACCCACUUUUGGAAAAUGAAGAAUGAGGCAAGGGCAGCAGCAGGGGACAAAAUCGUCCAUGUCGUGACACUAUGCUCGGAUCCAGAUUGCUUGAAAAAGUGCAAAAAGGUCGAGCACGAAAUGCUUUGCUAUGGUGGGUUCGCACGAGACGUGCCAGAGCACUGGGAUGCGCUCGACUGGACAAAAGCUUGCGGUGCGUCAACGCGAUAGCGCUUGAUACGGCUGGGGUUGAUUUCAGUCUGAUGAAGUUGCAUUACAGGUGCUCGUGAUGUCCUCGAAUCGGGUCGCAACGUGUUACUCGGCUCCGAGCUCGUCCUUCGAAAAGAUCCCUUUCCUCGACUCGAGCGAUAUUUCCCCGUCUCGGACGUCAUCAUCGCCGAGAAUGUAACCGGUACGGACUCGGGGCACCUCAGUACAAGUUUGAUUUGGAUGAGGAGCAUACCCGAAACGAUCGAGUUGUGGUACGAUGUGUUGGAGCGGAUAGCGAACGCCACGGCUUCGCAUAAUCUGAUUGAAACCCCUGAGGCCGGGGAGCUUGCCAUACCGGACGCGGCUGCAGAAGUAUGGACGGUGCUCACGCUGCAGGAAGCUUUCAAUGAGGUGCGUUUCCCCGUGUGUUACAACACCCCUGUGAGAAAACCUCCUGACGGGACAUCUCUACCCCGUCCAGGUUCUGCAUUCGACCGAACUCCGAGUUACGGAUGAGUUCUCCGAGGUGCGCCUACGACGCAACUUCAACACCGGCAACGGCCUUCGUGUUCAUGCUCUCAGCGAGGAACACUCCGAAAUUGCCGCUUUCAAUUACCUUCUCGAUCUCGAGGACAUCAAUUCCCCCGACGAUGUUUACGCCGAUGCCUCGAUCGUUCUCAUGCCGUGUGUCGAUGGAGGAGGGUUGAGGUCCUUCUUUGCGAAAUAUCAUGGCAUGUGGACCAAUGUCGGUGCUUAUUAUUCGAAACCGGCACCUUCCUUGCGUAUCAAGAGCAUGUCGGGCUCGAGGGGGGCGUUGGCGAUACAAUUGCGCAUCGUGCUCACCUUGUGCAAGUACACGGGACGGGCGUUCCAACUACCAGAAACGGUGACGUAAGUUAUUAGACUGAGGCCAAUCAGCGAAUCCAACUCUUUCUGAGAAUGGGCCUACAUCCUACCUCUAUCAAACGAUAGGUUCACCGACUCAGUCGAUGCGACCUUACCCGUCUGGCGCGCGCUCCCGUUGUCACUCAUCACUGGACCGAUGGGGAUACGCAUCCACGAGCCAGGAUUCGAUUCUCACGCCGCGAAGUAUCAUCUCAAGACCGAGGGUGUCGAUGAUCCGGUAGUCGAGGACCGCACCGUGAGUGCGAGCGGGUGUUCAAGCCGAGCCCCUGUGUUUUGCCGGCGCCGACUGAUACGAUCCGGACCUUUAAAUACCACGCAGGAAGUGGAGCUAGGUAAGCUGAACAUUCGAAUUCCAUCCUUGAGGUGUACUCACCUCACGUCUACCUCUCACUAGACAUCCGCUACAUGAUCGGCGUUGACGAAAUCAUCAAGCGUCUCAAAUCGUCCGUCUACUCUAACUCGCCUCGGGUCGUUCUUAUAGGUUUCGAACCAAACGCCGCCGCCCCCUGGCGUGGUUGGAAAGGUGCAGGACCGGUAUCUCGAAUCAACGUGUGCAAAAACUUGAAGUUGGAGCCGAGGUGCGGUGAGAUUUGUAGUGGUCAUUCUGUGCAUGGUACGAUGCCGAAGAAGUGGCCGUCGUUGGAUAAGUACCUUACCCCGCCAAAGGAUGAUAGUGCUGUGAGUGCGGGAGACUUUUUCGAAGGAGGACCGGCGCAAUCCGUACUGAUGAUUAUGUGA